ACUACGGAAAGCGAAAGGGUCCUGACGCCGAGCUCGUUAACUGGCUCUUUUUGUCAGACAUUACCAAUCGCCGACCCCAGUUACAGGUAAUGCUAAAGGAUGGCUGCUCUUCUGAAGAGGUUAAUGCUACAAACCUUAAGGACUGAAAAUAAUUGCAUUGGAAGGUGUUUUGAUAAACACAUUGUACAAAAGACAGUCCCAGCACAGUUGUCCCUGGUUGCUUCUGCCCCAAAACUGCCCUACCUAAUUCAUGCAAAAAGAUUUAGUAYAGUUGAGGACAGCCAGGAUGAGAGGAAAACGAAAAAAAAGAGUGAUACGACUUUCAGUAAUAUUGGAAGGAAAAUUGGUGAGCGAAUUAUUCGUGUCCUUGAUGAGAAGGGUAAUGAUUUGGGAAACAUGCACCGAGCAGAUGCRAUUAGACUCAUGGAAGAGCGAGACCUGAGGCUGGUGAGGAGGAACGGCAGCACAGAGCCCCCAGAAUACCAGCUCAUGACAGGAACACAGAUUCACCAGGAACGGCUACGGCUCAGAGACAUGGAAAAGGCCAAACUAAAACCUGGACCAGCUGUGACAAAGGAACUAACUUUUUCUUCAAAUAUUGAACAACAUGAUUUGGACACAAAGAGUAAACAGAUUCAGCAGUGGAUUGAGAAAAAAUACCAAGUUCAAAUUACUAUAAAGAAGGGGAAAAAUGCAGAUGAGCAAGAAAAUAAGAUGGAAGAGAUACUUAAUCAAAUAGUUCAGACUAUGCCUGGAAUAGCUACCUUCUUAUCCAAGCCACAACCUGUUAAAGGAGGAAAAGGCUUAAUGUGUGUUCUUCGUCAUCUGACCAAGAAAGAAGAGAAGGCACCUGGAGACUUGCAAGAGGCCCAGAAAAGAGACAUUGUGAACAAAGAAAAUGGAAAUGACAAGGAAUCAAAUGUUCUGCAUCAGUGAUUUUAAUAAAG